AUGAGUGGUUAUGAGGAGGAAGAGGACAGAGCAGAGUCUCCAGGGUUCAGCUGUGUGUCUCUGAAGAGUGACAUGUCCAUGGAACCUCCUAUAUUCUUCAGUAAUGAACCUGGACCCUCACACACAAAAGGUCAGGACCACAGACUGAGAGCAGAGUCUCCAGGGAACAGCGGUCUGUCUCUGAAGAGUGACUGGUCCACGAUAACUCCUCCAAACUUCAACCACGCUCUUCCACCAAAUUUACUGUCUGAGGAGGAGCAGUCUUCCUGCUGUGCUUCGUGUCAGGACGUCCUGAAGGAUCCAGUCUCCACCAGCUGUGGACACUGGUUCUGCAGACAGUGCAUCACCUCAUACUGGGACCAGUCUGGUUCUUCAGGAGACUCCUCCUGUCCCCAGUGUGGACAAAGAUCCAGAACAGGAGCUGGAGCUCAGACAGCUGGUCAGAGCAGCACUGUACAUGUGUCUGCUGAUGUCUUCACUUCUGACAACACAGAUCGUGGUCUGCAGGAGGUUUUAGAUGAACAUAAGCUCAGUGUGAGGAGUAGAUGUGAACAUGUGACUGAAGGAAGUGAUGAAACAGGAAGUAGAACCCUCCUCAACAGGAUCUACACUGUGUUCUACAUCACAGAGGGACAGAGUGAAGAGGUUAAUACUCAACAUGAGGUGAGGCAGCUUGAGACGGCUUCCAAGAUGAAGAUCCUCCACGACACUCCCAUCAGGUGCCACGACAUCUUUAAAGCCUCCACUGACCAGCAGAGCAGCAUCAGAGUGGUCCUGACCAAUGGCGUCGCUGGCGUUGGAAAAACCUUCUCGGUGCAGAAGUUCACUCUGGACUGGGCAGAGGGUUUAGAGAACCAGGAUGUGCGUCUGCUGACUGUGCUUUCGUUCAGGGAGCUGAACCUGGUGAAGGACCAGCAGCACAGUCUCCUCACGCUGCUCCAUGUUUUCCAUCCAGCGUUACAGAAGCUCACGGCAGAGACGCUCGCUGUCUGUGAACCUUUGUUCAUCUUUGACGGCUUGGAUGAAAGCCGACCUUCUCUGGACUUCAACCACAGGGAGCUUGUGUCUGAGGUCUCACAGAGGUCAUCAGUCAACGUGCUGCUGACAAACCUCAUCCAGGGGAAUCUGCUUCCCUCGGCUCUCGUCUGGAUAACCUCCAGACCUGCGGCGGUCAAUCAGAUCCCUCCUGCAUGUGUUGACAGGGUCACAGAAGUAAGAGGCUUCACUGACGCCCAGAAGGAGGAGUACUUCAGGAGGAGAUUCAGUGAUGAAGAGCUGUGCAGCAGAAUCAUCUCACACAUCAAGAUGUCCAGGAGCCUCCACAUCAUGUGUCAAAUCCCAGUCUUCUGCUGGAUCAGUGCUACAGUUCUGGAGCACAUGUUGACCACAGACCAGAGAGGAGAGCUGCCCAAGACCCUGACUGACCUGUACUCACACUUCCUGCUGGUUCAGACAAAGAGGAAGAACAACAAGUACGGUGAUGGACAUGAGACGACUCCACAGCAGCUGACGGAGGCUGACAGGGACGUUCUCCUGAAGCUGGGGAGGCUGGCACUUAAACAUCUGGAGAAAGGAAACAUCAUGUUCUACCAAGAAGACCUGGAGCGGUGUGGUCUUAAUGUCACAGAGGCCUCCGUGUACUCAGGAGUUUGUACUGAGAUCUUCAGAAGAGAGUGUGUGAUCUUCCAGAAAUCAGUCUACUGCUUUGUUCAUCUGAGCGUUCAGGAGUUUCUGGCUGCAGUCUACAUGUUCCACUGUUACACAAAGAGGAAGACAGAAGAACUCAAGAACUUCUUGGGAACAUGUGAUGACACAGACAGUACCUUCUCCCUGGAUUACCUCCUGAAGAGAACCAUGGAGAAAUCCCUCACCAGUGCAAAUGGUCAUCUGGACCUGUUUGUUCGCUUCCUUCACGGCCUCAGUCUGGAGUCCAACCAGAGAGUCUUAGGAGGCCUGCUGGGUUGGACAAAGAACAAUCCAGAGAUCAUCCAGAGAGUCUUAGGUUGGCUGCUGGGUCGGACAGAGAACAAUCCAGAGAUCAUCCAGAGAAUCAUCAACAACCUGAAAGAGAUGAAGAGUAAUGACAUUUCUCCUGACAGAAGCAUCAACAUCUUCCACUGUCUGACUGAGAUGAACGACCACUCAGUUCAUCAGCAAAUGAAACAGUUCCUGAUGUCAGAGAACAGAUGGAAGGAGGAACUCUCUGGGAUCCACUGCUCAGCUCUGGCCUACAUGCUUCAGAUGUCAGAGGAGGUUCUGGAUGUGUUGGACCUGAGGAAGUUCAAAACAUCACGCCAGGGUCGAUGGAGACUGAUCCCAGCUGUGAGGAACUGCAGGAAGGCUCUACUCUGUGGUUGUGGACUCUCAGAGACUCACUGUGAAGUCCUGGCCUCAGCUCUGAAGUCAGACCCCUCACAUCUGAGAGAACUGGAUCUGAGCUUCAACGAGCUGCAGGAUCCAGAAGUGAAGCUGCUGUGUUCUGGACUGGAGAGUCCAAACUGUCGACUGGAGACUCUGAGGUUGUGGUACUGCAGUCUGUCAGAUAUCAGCUGUUCUUCUCUGGCUUCAGCUCUGAGGUCAAACCCCUCUCAUCUGAGAGAACUGGAUCUGAGUGACAACAGCAACCUGAAGGACUCAGGAGUAAAGGAGCUGUGUGGUUUUCUACAGAGUCCAACCUGUCGACUGGAGACUCUGAGGUUGGAGGACUGCAGACUGUCAGAGAUCAGUUGUUCUUCUCUGGCUUCAGCUCUGAGGUCAAAUCCCUCUUAUCUGAGAGAACUGGAUCUGAGUUUCAACGACCUGCAGGACUCAGGAGUGAAGGAGCUGCUUGAUCUACAGCAGAGUCCAACCUGUCGACUGGAGACUCUGAGGUGGAAGUUGUCUUAUUGAAGGUGAGUGUGAAGAGGACAGUGUGUGUGGACGGAGGCUGAGCUGUGUCCUGAGGAUCCAGAGGCUGAAGCAGCAGCAGCUUGUGUGUAGUCUCCAAUCUACACAACCCCUAAUCUGCAUGUGUUUGUGAGAUGAAGCCGGAGCACCUGGAGAAAACACGUGGAGAACAUGCAGACUCCACACAGGAAGACCCAUCUGAACCGGAUUCAAACCAGCAACCUUCCUGCCCCGAUUGUGUUUAUUCACAUGAAGAAUGUGUUUAUUGAAAUGACAAACACAAGCAGAAUAUAUAAACCCUCUAUAAAGAGUCCCACACAGUGUGUUUAAGUUUGUCUUUAUUAUUUUCCACCUUUGUCCCUCAGUAUGUCUCCAUGGGUGUAGAACCACAUUCUGUGUAUAUGUUUGUUUAUGAUCUUAAAGUUCGUGGAUUCACGUCACAAAUUGAUUUAGUUCAACACAAAGUUCAACACAUUGAAAUCACUUUGAGUUUAAAAUCAGAGUUUUGUCUGACACAAAAGAUCAAACCUCUGGACUUAAAGAUGGGACGUUUUUAUUUCUGCAUCAGGUGCAGAGCAGUGGUGGCUUUUCUACUUUUGACCCACAGGUGGCGCUGCAGUAUAACAGCAGCACAUCCCAAUCAAACCCUUUAUAUUCAGUCUAUGAGUCAAACACAUGGAUCAUUUCCUCUGUGACAAACCAGAUGUAACGAGAAGAAAAACAUCUCAGAGAGAAAAGUUCUGUUUCUACUUGUCUCUUUUUUAAUGCUCAAUAAACAUC